AUGGCCUCCCAGCGGCGUUUCUACGCGCAGCCUGCCUCAAAUGCACCGUCGACUGCAAGUCUCAUACCCCCCUCGGCAAGAAGUCCCAACCAGAGUGCAGUACAGGCCGCCUUUGCCAGAGCACCGCAGCCCCUUCGGAGUGUACCGAGCGUAAACUCACUCAGUGAUUCUCCUUACUCCGGCGCAGCCGCAGGUCGGACAGCAGCUGGUUCGCAAUUUUCCCUCUCGCCAGAUCCACGAACCUGGGGUGCAGACCUCUCCCCAAAUCACCCCGAACCAGACGACUACCUACACAACCCCGAUCCUCGUCGUGACAGGAAACAUGACCGUGGUGGUCACGUCCUCACUUACAGAGGUCUAACAAACUUGGGUUGCCUGCUUGUCCUCGCGACCGGCCUUGUUGCCUUAUUCGCCGGUUAUCCCAUGUUAUCCUACUUCACCCGUCAUAGUUUAUCCCUCAAUAGCGGUUUCAACUUAGGCGGUAUCAACGCAAGCGGCCAGCUACCAAGCAUGCCGAACAACUGGGGUCUCAUCGAUGUCGACACUCCUUCCUCAGCACACACAAUCGCGUCUUUCGCUGAUGGUUCAGAAUGGCAACUUGUGUUUAGUGACGAGUUCAACGUAGACGGUCGGACUUUUUGGCCCGGCGACGAUCCAUAUUGGGAAGCAGCCGAUCUCCAUUACUGGCAGACAAAUGACUUGGAGUGGUAUUACCCUGGCGCCAUAACUACCAAAGACGGUUACCUGCAAAUCACCAUGUCAGAGCGUACGAUGAACAACCUCAACUACACGAGCGGUUUAAUGUCUUCUUGGAACAAGUUCUGCUUCACUGGUGGCAUGGUCCUUGUUUCUGUCAGUCUUCCUGGAGCCAAUGACAUCUCCGGUCUCUGGCCUGCAGUCUGGACGAUGGGCAAUCUAGGUCGCGUCGGUUAUGGCGCAAGUCUUGAAGGAAUGUGGCCAUAUAGCUACGACAGUUGCGACGUGGGUACCGCGCCGAACCAAACACAUAAUGGACAACCGGCAGCUGCUCUCACCAAUGGUGAUCCCAGUAAUGGCGACGUUCUUUCGUACCUACCGGGACAGCGUUUGUCGAGGUGCACAUGUCCAGGAGAAUCACACCCCGGGCCCGUUCAUUCAGACGGAACAUAUGUAGGCCGGUCCGCCCCCGAAAUAGAUAUAUUUGAGGCCCAGAUUACUGGAGAUCCUUUGACAGGUCAAGUGUCACAAUCCGCGCAGUGGGCACCUAUGAAUGCCGCUUACCAAUGGUUCAAUACUUCGGGCAACUUCAACAUCCCAAACCCUUCGGUCACUACUCUCAAUCCAUACAUGGGUGGUGUUUACCAGCAGGCAACAUCAGGCGUGACGCAGACGAAUCAGUCGUGUUAUACAGGGCUUUCUGGGUGCUUCGCAACGUACGGGUACGAGUAUCAGCCAGGGUACCAAUCUGACGGUGGAUAUAUCUCCUGGAUAGCGAAUGACCAAGUUGCUUGGACCCUUGAUGCGGCUGGGAUGGCCGCCGAUUCUUUGGUGAAUAUUAGUAGCAGACCCGUGCCUCAGGAACCAAUGUAUUUAAUCAUGAACUUGGCCAUAUCCCCCAAUUUCGCGAUCAUCGACUUUACUGACCUUGUAUUUCCGGCUGUGAUGACAGUGGAUUGGAUCCGCGUCUACCAACCAAAAAAUUCCAUCAACAUCGGCUGCGACCCUAAAGAUUUCCCAACGGCUGCCUACAUAGACGAGUACAUCGAAGCAUAUACUAACCCGAAUCUAACAACCUGGACGGGAGAUUACGGACAACCGUUCCCUAAGAGCAGUUUCCUGGACCAGUGCUAA